AUGCAUGCUCUAAACAUAAUAAUAAUAAUAAUAACAGUUGGAUUGCCUGCACGUGGAAAAAGUUAUAUUGUAAAGAAGCUGAGGCGUUAUUUGAAUUGGUUACAAUACGAAACGAGGGUAUUUAACGUUGGUAAUUUGAGACGUGUCAAUGAAGCCUCUCAACAACAUGAUCAAUCAGCCAACUUUUUUGACCCUGAUAAUACUGAUAUGAAGCGUAUCAGAGAUGAUCUGGCCAUUCAAGUACUUGACCAAAUGAUCGACUGGCUUAAACAAGGUGGCCGUGUGGGUGUACACGACGCCACCAAUUCUACUGUGGAAAGAAGAAAAUUAUUGAUUGAUCGCCUACGAAAAGAGCCAGAAAUUAAGGUAUUAAUCCUUGAGUCCGUCUGUACUGACAAGAUGGUCUUGGAACGCAACUUUAGGUUAAAGUUGUUUGGUCCUGACUACAAAGACCGGGAUCCAGCCGAAGCUCUGCUAGAUUUCAAGUCACGAGUGGACAACUACGAACGUGCCUAUGAAUCAGUGGGAGAUUGGGAGGAAGAGCAAGACAUUCAAUUUUGUAAGCUUAUCAAUGUGGGCAAGAAAGUAAUUGCCCACAACAUUUCGGGUUACCUUUCUGGACAGUGUAUAUUCUAUCUCAUGAAUUUCAAUCUUGCUGAGCGACAGAUAUUUAUUACAAGACAUGGAGAAAGUAUGGAUAAUGUAACAGGUCGUAUAGGUGGAGAUGCACCAUUGUCUGAAAAAGGUCGCAAGUAUGCUCGCGCAUUGGAACGGUUUGUAAGCCAACAGCGAGCUUCCUUCGCUUAUGACCUGGCCAGUCGCAAGGUCAAGGAAGAAGACGACUGGCGUUCUUAUGGUCUUGAGCCACUGGAUGGAAAAAAGGAAUCCGAGACAAUUGACACAAGAACAACCCAAGAGAAAAUUGACGCAAAGGCAAAGGAACUCUCAAGUGGGCAAUUCACAGUCUGGACAAGUAUGUUGAAGAGGUCAAUGGCAACAGCAGCCAAUUUUGAUCCUGAUGUAUAUGAUAUAAAGCAUAUUCGUUUUCUUAAUGAAAUCAACUCUGGAAUGAGAGAAGGCAUGUCUUAUGAGGAAAUUCAGCGAUUCUAUCCCGAGGAGUUUCAUACUAGGCAAAGUAACAAACUCUAUUACCGAUACCCUGGCAUGGGAGGAGAGUCAUACAUUGAUGUAAUUCAUCGUCUCCAGUCAAUGAUCAUUGAGCUCGAACGCAUGACUCAAUCCUGUCUAAUUGUAACUCAUCGAGUGGUAAUGCGCAUCAUUCUUGGUUACAUGUUGGAUUGGUCUCAGAAAGAGAUGCCACACAUGCUGGUGCCAAUUCACACGGUUUAUGAACUAAGACCAAAACCAUACGGCACAGAGCUUAAGAAGUGGCAGUACAUAGAGUCAGUGGACAGUUUUGUAGAAUUCUAA